AUGACAGGCUCUGCAUUGCCACCAGGAUGGGUAGAAGCCCGAGAUUCAAAUACUGGACGAAUCUAUUACGCAAAUCCGACAACUGAGGAGUCCAGUUGGGAAGUACCGAUCGUCACCUCACACCAACCUCAUCAACAGCAUUAUCAACAGCAUCACCAACAGCAUCAUCAACAGCAUCGCCAACAGCAUCAACAACAGCAUCACCAACAACGUGGUAUUCACAACAAUGUUGAAGAUGCCUACUAUUUACAUUCACAGGAGCAUCCUUCUCGCGCCCCUCUUGCUGCCAUCGUUAAGGAUGAAUCUUCAACAUCAAGAGACAAUAAAUCUUCAUUGCUCACAAUGGCAAGAGAAUUGACUGUCCAACAAGCAGCAGCGGCCGCCGCAAAUAGUAGCAACCAUUCAGCCCGACAUUACUCGCCACAAAACCAAUCUGACCUUGAGCUAUAUUCCAUCACAUGCGGUCAAUUGGUGGAUUUGAUACAUAUGCAGGCGGAAGUUAUUGAUGAGGCGUACAUGCCCAUUAAUCCGUACAACAUACCCGACCAGAAGCAGCACCAAGAAUCAACUGAACCAAUAGUCGCAUUGCUGAAUGGAAAUCAAAGUAACAAUGGACUGAAGACGAUUUGUCUUCGCAUUGUGAAGAAGCAUGCAUAUCAAUCAUCUACAAUAUGUGCCCACCAUCCUCAUUCAAGAUUGCGAUCACAUUCUUGUCUGCCAGAAGGAGUGAGUCAAUCCCCAUGGACGAAGCCAGAGUAUAACGAUGGCAAGGAUAUAUUCUCUUGA